AUGACUCCGGACUUGAACUCGACGCUUCCUAAGAGCGUCUUCGUCGCUCAGGCUUCCAACGACCAGGCCAUGCUGCUACGUGACCCCCUCGCAAGCAACAUGAAGGACCAGCACGCCAGCUUGCGAGCCAAUGCCCUCGCCAUCAUCGGGGGCACCACCAGGCCCGUGUAUAAACUCGGGCAAGAGGCGUUCUCUAUCCUCUCCAACCGCGUCCACGACACGCGGCUCUUCGACAGGGUCGAGGAUUUUGCCUCGUCCAACAUGACUCGGGCGACAUCCGACUUGGGAGUAAUUACCGUCCUCUGCCUCACGGAUUUGGACAAGCCCUAUCUGGGAGACACUACCGCGGACAAGUUCGACGCGCUCAAGAUGAUGUGGGCCACGGCAGGCACCCUUGUCUGGGUAACGCGCGGGUCGAGGGACGCGGCGCCGUACAGCCACAUGAUGGGGGGCAUCGUUCGCACCGUCAAGACAGAGUACCCGAACUUGAACUUGCAGAUGUUUGAUCACGUCUUGUCAAAGUCCAGGAAAGACUGCUUUGAGCCAACCCAGGCUGACACCAUCGGGUCGGGCGGCGACAAGGACCCGUAG